GUUGUCGUCAGCAAUAUACGAGCAGUAUCCGAAGUCACAAUGGAUUAUGCUCUGGAACUGUACUAUCGCGAGUCAUGGCGAGAUGACCGUCUUCGAUUCAACACGUCAUUGUUCAAGAACAAAACCAAAUUAGCCCUGCACGAGAGUUACACAAACUUCUUAUGGUUUCCGGAUACUUUUGUGCCGAAUGCUUUAGCAUCCAAGAAUCCACAAAGAAACAGUAUUUCACACAGAUCAUUGCUAAGGCUGCAAAGCAACGGACAACUACUCUACAGUCGCCGAAUAUCUUUGGUCUGCGAAUGCACUAUGGACUUGACGUUAUUUCCAUUCGACAAGCAACUCUGCAAGUUGGGCAUUGAAAGCUAUGGCUACACUGCUGACCAAGUAGUCUACAAGUGGUCAUCAGGGUCGCCAGAUGCGCUGAAGCUACACAAAAUCCGACUCCCAGAUUUCACCAUCAAGGAAGCAUACGUGACAAGUCAGAUGGAACCCUAUGCGACAGGAAAUUAUUCCCGGUUAUAUGUUUGUUUCGUGUUCUCACGUUCGUCGGGAUUUUGUUUUCUGCAGCUGAUCAUUCCAUCCACAGCAGUAGUUAUAACCUCAUGGGUGUCGCUCUGGAUGGAAAGCGAAACGGAAUUUCAGGACAUGAUCUCUAUAAUUCUCGCUAUCACCUUCUUAAUCUUUUCUUACAACGAAAUGAUGCCACGGGUCAGCUAUAUCAAGGCAAUGGACAUUUAUCUAGGCGUUUGUUUCAUGAUUGUAUUCCUCUCUUUGAUAAAAUUGGCAUUUGUAAAGUAUAUGAGGCAGAAAAUCAAGAUUGAAAGUGAGAGCUUUCAUUCCAUGACCGCACUUGUGCCAACGCCGCGUCCAUCGAAUGGGGCGGUGGCACUACCUCCGCCAAGAGCAGGGACAAACCUAAUUCUCCGCAACGGGAAGCUCAACACUGAAUACGUGACGGUUCCCAUUGCUGACAUGGAGGAUUCCUAUAUCGCCGAAAUUGACAAAGGAGGUCUCGGUGAUAAAAUACUCAACCUCAUGGACUUCCAAGUCACGCCUCGUACUCUGCACAGAUUUCAGUGGAUCACACAGAUGAUGUUCUUCUUCGGAUUCGUCAUCUUUUGUCUCUUCUACUUCUUGGUCUAUCCAAAUUUACACAAUGCCAUGGUUGAUCCGAAUUGCGAUAAAAAGGAAGCAGAAUCAUUUGCCGAGAUCAUCUAA